UAUAUAUUUUUGUCAUCUAAAUCACAGAGCAUAAAUAAAUCUAAUUUCCUCACUUUCAUCUACAGCACUUUUACUAAUUUUCAAGUUCUGUUCUUAGCAAUACUUUUCUUUUCUUAAAACAUAUCUCCUUAAUAUUUACAUUUACAUUUUAAUUUUCUUGUUCUUGAUCUUAGUUAUAUUUCUUGGUUACUAUUUUUCCUCUGCGUUCUUAAUCUCGUCUUUGUUUAUCUAUAAUCAGAAAAAUCUAAAUCGAAUUGUUGAAAAAUAGAAGAAAAUAGAAAAGCUAGUGGUUUGAGAUAUGGAGUCAACCGGGGAAGUUGUUAGAUCAACCGUCGGUAACGGCAGCGAUAUCAAGGGGGUGGGAUCCAAGGCGCCGUCAGAUUUUCACAUAGCCCCGAGAUCAGAAAGCUCAAAUCCAUCUCCUAACUCCGUCACUCCUCCACUACCACAGUCUCAUAAUCACACGAACCAGCUGGCCAUAGUAGCUCCGCCGCCGCUAAUUUCGACGGCGAUGACGACCACAGCGACGAUGAUGGAAGGUAUCUCCGGCUUACCGAUGAAGAAGAAGCGUGGACGACCUAGGAAGUAUGGACCAGACGGGACAGUUGCGGCGUUAUCUCCAAAGCCGAUUUCAUCGGCGCCGGCAUCGUCGCAUCCUCAUCCGGCGAGCUCACACGUCAUCGAUUUCUCCGCCUCUGAGAAACGUGGCAAAGUGAAACCCACAAACUCUUUUAACAGAACAAAGAUUCAUCACCAAGUCGAGAAUUUGGGUGAAUGGGUUCCUUGCUCCGUCGGUGGUAAUUUCACACCUCAUGUAAUCACGGUCAACGCCGGUGAGGAUGUGACAGUGAAGAUAAUCUCGUUUUCACAACAAGGACCUCGUGCCAUUUGUGUUCUAUCAGCAAACGGUGUCAUUUCAAGUGUAACACUUCGUCAGCCUGAUUCAUCCGGCGGUACAUUAACAUACGAAGGUCGGUUUGAGAUAUUAUCAUUAUCCGGUUCAUUCAUGCCUAAUGACAUAGGCGGAACUAGAAGUAGAACAGGAGGAAUGAGCGUUUCAUUAGCAAGUCCUGAUGGACGCGUAGUAGGCGGUGGUGUCGCUGGUUUACUAGUAGCCGCAAGUCCGGUUCAGGUGGUUGUAGGAAGUUUUUUAGCAGGAAAAGAUCAGGAAGAUCAGCAACCGAAAAAGAACAAACAUGAUUUCAUGUUGUCGAGUCAAACCGCGGCCAUUCCCAUCUCUAGUGCAGCUGAUGACCGGAAAAUCCAUUCGGUCUCGUCUCUGCCAAUCAAUAAUAUUACAUGGCAGACUUCUUUAGCUUCUGAUCCAAGAAACAAGUGUUCUGAUAAUAAAGUCAAUUUAACUUGAAAAAUCAAAUCUUCCUCUGUAUUUUUGCUCCUUAUUAAGUUCACUAGGUGUUUUGCCCGCACUUGCGGGCCUAAACAUUUUAUAAUUA